CUGUGGUCUAUAAAAUAUGAUUAGUUUCGUAGGAGGCACAUAUUCGCUUGUUCUGCAAUAUGGAUAGUACGAAAACAUCAUUUAGCACUGAGCAGUUGGGUAUUGUGUGGAGAAAUGUGAUUUUAUUUGGCAUUUUACAUGCGAUUGGUUUAAUUGGAAUAUUAUUAGUCGCCAAGGGUCAAAUUUCAUAUUCGACACUCAUUUUUGAUAUAGUACUAGGUGUUUCUAGUCAAAUUGGGAUAACUGCCGGAGCUCACAGAUUGUGGGCACACAGAUCAUAUAAAGCAACAUUCCCCUUAAGGCUUCUGUUGGUCGUUUUAGAUACUUUUGUGUAUCAGACAUCUGUUAUCAAUUGGUGUCGCGAUCAUCGUCUCCAUCACAAAUAUUCCGAUACUCACGCGGAUCCACACAAUGUUAACAGAGGCUUCUUUUUCUCCCACAUCGGCUGGAUAAUGGUUCGAAAGCACCCGGAAGUGAAAGCAAAGGGUAAAGGAAUUGACUUGUCCGAUCUCUACUCGGAUCCUCUGCUAACGUUCCAGCACAAGUACUACCUUCCUCUGAUGUUACUCGCUUGUUUUAUUACGCCCGUUGCUGUUCCAAUGUAUUUCUGGAAGGAAACCUUCCUCAAUGCCUUUUCCCUGAAUAUUGUGCGCUAUUUGAUUAUCGUUCAUAACACUUUCACAAUAAACUCAUUUGCUCAUCGAUUUGGAUACCGGCCAUACAACAGAUUUAUUGUUCCAGGAGACAGCUUAAAUCUGUCUCUGGUGACUUGUGGAGAAGGUUUCCACAAUUACCAUCACACGUUUCCUUGGGAUUAUCGAUCUGCAGAGUUUGGGAAGUUUUCCUUUAACUUGACCAGAAGGUUCAUCGAGUUUUUCAACCAAAUUGGAUGGGCGCAUGAUCUGAAAUUUGCCUCAGAGGACAUGAUUAAGAAGCGAGUACUACGAACAGGAGCCAACAUUGAAGAAGUCGAGUUAAAGAUCUAAAAAUUAGUUAGCAUUAAUUUUUGGAGAAAAUGUAAAAAAGUAUUGUUUUUUUCUAAUAAAGCACCCUAGGAAAAGUACUGAAAGCUGGAUUACAACAUCAUCGAAUUUCCAGUUAUCGCGGGAAAUAUAUAACUUUUGAAAAGUGCGUACGUAAAUCCACUCUUCCACAUUGUAGUACACAAUUUAAAUAAAAAUUCCAUAUUCAGUGGAGACUUAAUAUUUUGAUAGACUAUCUACAGGAUCACAAUCUUAUCAACAUAGUCGAUUUUUCCCAUCUUUCUAAAUUUAAAUCCGAACAAUUCUAGGUUAAAAUGAGCGCUGGCUUAGUGUGGACAAUCCUUUUUGUGGUUUGUGCGGAAGUCUGCAGUUAUGCUGUGAGUCCAAACAAUGACAUUGAAUCUGGCUCCAGUUCUGAUCCAGUUUUGCUCAACUCCAAACUAUGUGUUGACAAAAAUGGAAGACGUCUAUAUGGAGAAAUUGCUUAUAAAUUAGACUGCAGGAAAUUUGUACACUGCGCUCCUGGACUUGCAAUGAUUGUCUUUUGCCAGCCUGGUCUUCUGUUUAACCAGGCCAAAAAGUACUGCGAUUGGCCGAGAGAGGCAAAUUGUGUAGAAUUCAGUGCUGUAGACCCGACUAAAUUAGUUGUACCUGCAAACAGUAUACCAUGGAAUUAGUUGUAAUUAUAAAAUUUAGCUGAAAAUACCUUUUUUUUAUAAGUAAGAAGUUUUAUAAUUUUAAUUUAAGUUAUUUUUUGUUCAAGUUAAGAAUUCUUUAGAAAUUGUACAGACUUGUGGGUCACUUCCAAAUUUUGUCCGAAUUAUUCAAAUUGAGACAGUUAUCUAAUUGAAAUAUUUUAAGUAAUUAAUAUUUAAAAUUAUCGUAAAUGUUUGCAUGGAAAUUUUUUUAAGGUACUGACUUGAUCGUAUUUAAUGAUUUCGACUAAAA